AUGUCCGAUGCUGAUAUGGGAAAUGUCCAUCGAUCAGUGCGACCAACACCGCGGGCACAGCAGGCGGUUGGUGUCGGCCAGGUUGCAAGGCGCCUUGGUUAUGCGGCCAACAGCACCGCGCAGGUCUUGUACAGCAUUGCCAACAUCCAGAAUCUCCUGACCGAAACUCAAUCUAUGAAACAGCUGGUGCAGAAGCUGUAUGUUAUUGCCCUAGUCCUCUCCGAUUUAACGGCAACUUUGGUGGAAUCUGGAGAGCACGAGGUGUGGACUGAAGAACAUGAUGAGAAUCUCUUGCACUCGUUGAAGGAGUUUGAGGACAUCGUUCCGGCCGUCGUUCGUGCAAUACGGGAAGCAGACAAAACCUCAACGCACUGCCAAGACCGGCCACAGGAGGAGACUACAAUGGAGUUUUUCUCUUGGCCGAUGAACGCAAGGCUGGGCAUGUUGUGGACAAGUGCUUUGAACUUGUUGUCCGGACAGGUUUGGUGGCUAGAUAUGAAACACUGGCUCGGAAAGAAUACCUGUAAGUCAUGCUAUCAAUCUACAAGCCGCUUGACUGAUUUCAGUCUCAGUGAUGAGGAUGAGGUUCCAGAGGCUUUGCGUCUCAUCCGAGCGUUUGAUGGUUCUAUAAUUGGUGGUAUUCAAUCAUAUAAAGACGGACUGCGGGAUCCAGAACGGUUGCAGAGAUAUCUGGUGCCAUCAUCGAUAACUCCUGCAUCGUCUGCAGAUCAGACCAAGUCAGCCAGAACCAACUUCGUCGAUUCCACCUAUGUAAGUCAUCUUCCCAGGUAA